GUCAGGCUCCCGGUUAUGCUUUGCGCAUUUAAAAGUGGGAACUGUAAACAGAACAAGCAUUUAAUCAUUUAAUCGACUCUUAAAUAUGAAUUUUAUCAGAGGUAUCUUUCGGUUAGGGAGAUCUUCCAAGAUUCUUGUUGGUACUGAUCAUCUUGGAAACAAAUACUUCGAGAUUCCUGAAAGAUCAACCAUCACAACCAAGGAAAGGAUAUUGAAGGCAAGAAGGAUCUGCGAGGCAAAGUAUUCACAUGCGGACUACGAGGAAGGGAUGAUUCCAAUGGAAUGGGAAGCAUGGGUAAGAGGAAAGCGCAAUGAUCCGCCAUCACAUGAGGAGAUCAUGAGACGAGAACAGAUGACGGUUACUGUCAAGAAAAGAGCCAAGGAACUUGAGGCUAAAGACCGAGAGAAACAGUUACAGGAUUACAAGGAAGGGCUUGUAGCCGAACCAGCACAGACCAAGCAAAUAGGUCACGCCUCAGCGCCUGUAUUUGAGACAUCGGAAUCUGGUCAAUCCGUCAGUACCGGGAACGAAUAUGAGCCAGCUGCUUGGCAACCAGGUCAAUCAUCAUCAAAGGUCAAAUGAAGACUACUGAACGAGAUAAUUAAAUUUAUGUAUUUAUUGUACAAAACAAUUGCAAUAGAUGUCAGCGGUCAAAUGGAAACUGAAUGAGAUAUUAAGACUGGGUCUUUUUUGUACAGAUAAAUUAUAAAACAUGUCAAAGGUCAUACGAAGACUACUGGGUUGAAUCAAGACUACAUUAAAAGAUUGCAAUGAAUGUUGCAAACAAAAUUGCAAAAGAUGUCAAAGGUCAAAUGAAGACUACUGGAUUGAAUCAAGACUACAUUGGGUGCGUUCGUUUAGCUGCCCUGGGUCUACCCCGGUGUGUGGCGGUUUUUUUUCCCCAGGACGA